CACGUGGGCCGAGCACUAAAACUACGCUUCCUAUCGGCCACUGCGGCAACGGGUCCUGUUGCCUUCGCUGCUCCACAGGUUGGGACUUCUACAGUAUAGAAGCCGCGUGUUGCUGGCUGCUCUGUCUUCGGAGUCGCCGCGAUGCCAAAAGCGAAGGGGAAGACUCGGCGGCAAAAGUACAACUAUAAUGUGAAUCGCAAGAAGCAGAACAAGGCUUUCCGCAAGCGCGCGGCGCCUCGUAUAAAAUGUGCCCAAAUCCGACAUGCUUGGGAUAGGACCAAAUCAGUAUCUCAGAACCUGGCUGAAAUGGGCCUGGCUGUUGAUCCAAACAAGGCUAUACCUAUUCCAAAGACAAUACAACAGAUGAUGAAAAUGGAAGUUGAUGGACAGCAAGCAAAGGUGAAGACUGUGCGGAAGCCAUAUGUACUAAAUGAGUUGGAAUCUGAGGCCAGCCUUCCAGAGAAGAAGUCAGAGACCCUCUCCCGAGAUCUAAUUGACUAUGUCCAACACAUGAUUCGGAACCAUGGUGAAAACUACAAAGCUAUGGCUCGUGAUGAGAAGAACUAUUACCAGGACACACCAAAGCAAAUAAAGAGGAAGAUCAAUGUGUAUAAACGCUUCUACCCUGAGGAGUACCUGGCAUUUGUUGCCUCUCUAAAGCCAGAAAAGAUGGAUCAACAAUGAUUUUACUCGCUAGAGAAAUGGGCAGAAGCAGCUGCACCUCUGUUAUUUGAAAAGCUGGCUUGCCCUUAAGUGACUGGUGCUCAGGGACUGAAAAUUAAAUUACAUAUAAUCCUGUCCUGUGAUGAGAGAAAAUGGGAAGGAGUCUGUGUUGAUGGGACUUUGCCUACUCUGAAUCCUGCAAGGGCUCUCAGUCGAUAGCAUCUUGGGAUGUAAUUUCCUUUGAUACUGGGAGAUAUCCCAAUUGAAAUAAACUGUUUUCCAAGUCCCUAUGUCAGUAACAAAACACAGCCAAAUAAUAUACGUUUCCUGUUCUUGUUGUGUUAGUAGUAGAAGGGUUUAGAGAGGCAACCUUGAGCCAAGUUCAUGAGUGUGUGCACAUGCAGAGAGAUGGGAUUCACUAAAUCAGUGGUUCCUAAUUUUUCUGCUGUUGUAGCAAUUGCAGUGUGCUGUGCUACCUGCUGUAUGAUUUUUAAUUGUAUUUUUAUUGCUGCUUGUUUUUUGUAUAGUGUAUUUUAUUUCUAUUAUAAUUUGAAUUCCAUAGAAUAUAAAAUAUCAGAAAUAAGCAAAGCAAUAAAAUACAAUUAAAAAUCAAUAUAAUACUUUAAUGUGUGACGGAUGAGGGAUAGUGGGAGUUGUAGUCCAAACCAUUUGGAGUACACCAUGUUGGGGUAGACUGUCUUAAGGGAAUUCUAGCACAUCCUCAGCCUAAGGAAGCAAAAAGAUGCCAGAUUGGUAGUUCCCAACAUGUUUUCAAGCAUUCUUUAAUGUGGAGUAAAACAUUUCCCUUGUUCA